GGGAGUUAGGUUUAACUUUGCGUUAGACGCGCUCGUGAUGUAACGUUAAUGUUGAAAAUAAAAAUUGCGCAAAUCUUUGCUCGUGCAUUAAAUAAUGCUCAUCGCUGGUCGUAAAGCGUGUGUGUUUGCUCGAUUUAAAUAAAUUACGUCGAGAGAGCGUUAAGCCGCGCGAUUAAGAUCAGUUGUUUGCACGUCGAAUGUUUCGGGGGGACAGAUUCUACAAACAACAAAAUAAUGUAUAAAUAAACAAAUGGGAUAAAAAAAACGACAAAAAGCGCUCAUCACGUCAGUCAUUCCGUUGCAACUUCAACGAUUCACGAUGGACGAUAAGAAAGGUGGUAACGGGAUGUUUCUCUUCGUGUCGGUGGUGGCUGUUAAUUUCGCUUCGUUCACCAUGGGAACGGGAUUCGGAUGGACGUCGCCGUCGGUGCCGAAGCUGAACGGCUUCGAGGAUGCCGAGCUCGGCGAUCCGAUCACCUCCACCGAAGAACUGUUUCUCGGUUCGCUGAUUGCGAUCGGUGGAAUCUUCAGUCCGCCACUUUCGGGGAUCGCCGCCGAUGCCAUCGGAAGGAAAUGGACGCUCCUCGCAUUCACAGUACCGAUUUUGGUUUCGUACCUGAUCGUAGCUUUCGCCCGGGACAUCUGGUGGUUCUUCGUUGCCCGUUUCUUGGCCGGAUUCUCUGCGGGAACGUACUACGCGGUCAUCCCGAAUUACGUGGCGGAAAUCUCCGAGGUUUCGAACCGCGGCGCCUACAGCUGCUUCCAAGCCGUCAACGUUCCGCUGGGAGUGCUCAUAACGUACGCGGUGGGACCGUUCUUGAAUUUACAGAACAGCAGUUUCGUCUAUUUGGUAGCUCCGAUUCUGUUCUUCAUUCUUUUCGGCUUCUUCAUCCCCGAAAGUCCCUACUUUCUGCUGACCAAGAAUAUGGACGUCGAGGCCAGAGAGGCUUUGGCCAAACUGAGGGGAAAGCGGAAGGAGGACGUGGAGAAGGAACUGAUCGAGAUGUCGGAUACUCUGAGAGAAUCUAAUUCGAGCACGAGCAUCCGCGAAUUGCUCAAGUCCAAAGUUUUAGUUAAAGGUUUAUCGAUAACUCUCGGUCUGGUGUUCUUCCAGCAGUUCUCCGGCAUCAACGUGCUUCUCUUUUACAUGCAGACCAUCUUCGAGGCGACGGGAAGCGCGAUGCCCGGACAGCACAGCUCGAUGAUCAUCGCGGCCGUGCAGAUUUCCGGCGCUCUCCUUACGUCGGCGGUCGUCGAUAAAUUGGGUCGUCGUCUGCUCCUCAUCGUCUCGUGCAUUGGAACGACGGUUUCCUUGAUCGCGCUCGGUGCCUUCUUCCAUCUGAAGGACGAUGGUCAGGAUGUCUCGCAGCUGGGUUGGCUGCCUAUAGUCAGCCUCAUCGCGUACAUGAUUUCGUACGGCGUGGGCCUCGGACCGGUCGCCUUCACCGUCCUCGGCGAGAUCUUCCCACAGAACGCGAAGGCGACGGCCUCCACCCUCACCAUUUCCAUCUGCUUCUUCCUCACGUUCGUCACGACCGCCCUCUUUCCCUAUCUGAUGGACGUCAUCGGCAAAGCCUUCACGUUCUACAUCAUCGCAGCAUUCUGCUUCUGCGGCCUUUUCUUCGUCUACUUCGUGGUACCUGAAACCAAGGGCAAAACUUUCAGCGAAAUUCAGAAAAUGAUCGGAGCCUAUUUGUGCGUCGUCGCGAUGGCCCCGAAGAGGCAAACGUUGUUCCUGUACUUCUCGACAUGCAUCGCCAAUCUGAUGACGUUCUCGGCGAUCGUGUCGUUCACUUGGUCGGCGACGAGCAUUCCGCGCCUCAACGGCAGCAAAGAACCGGAGAACAAUCCAUUGGAGAAGCCGAUCGGUUUCCAGGAGGAAUCGCUGAUCGCAUCCCUGUAUUUCGUUGGAGCGAUGCUGGGACCGCUGAUGGCCGGCUUCGUCGCCGUCAAGUUCGGCAGGAAGGUGACCAUCAUUCUGUUCACGGUGCCGACGUUGAUCAGUUUCCUGAUGACGGCCUUCGGCACCACCGUCGAGGUGCUCUACGUGGGCAGAUUCUUCGGCGGCAUCUCCGGCGGAACUGUUCUAACGAUAAUUCCGCUGUACACGGCGGAGAUCUCUGAGCCGCACAACAGAGGCAUCCUCGGCGCUUUCAUCGGACUCUUCUCCACCUUGGGCAAUCUGUACGGAUACAGCGUCGGCGCGUACACCUCCAUCGAAACUUUCUCCCUCACCGGCCUCGUGUUCCCCGUGAUCCUCUUCGCGGUGAUGUUCUUCUUCAUCCCGGAAACUCCUUACUACUGGAUCUCCAGAGGGAAAGAGGACGAAGCUGUUAAAUCUCUGAGGCAGCUGCGCACCGGAGACCAGAAAUCGAUCGAUCUGGAGAUCGAGGUGAUUAAGCGUACGAUAGAGCAGAGCGAUAGAGAUAGGGGACGCUUCAUGGACAUCUUCAAGUCGAAGGCGUCCAGACGGAGUCUGCUGAUCACGUUAGUCGGUGGCGGUAUCCAGCAGUUCUCGGGCAUCUUCGCCAUCCAAUUGUAUAUGCAUCAGAUUUUCGCGGAAGCCGGAAGCAACCUGGAACCGGAAGUAUGUUCGAUCAUCUUAGGGGCGGUGAGAGUGGCCGCAUACGUAAUCGCCGUGCUCGCGGUGGACAGAUACGGUCGUCGCUUCCUGCUGAUGGAAUCCUCUAUAGGCACGUGCAUCUCUCUCACCGCGAUCGGCAUCUUCUUCUACCUGAAGACGUUGGGCUACGACGUCGAGGCCAUCACUUGGCUCCCGCUCGUCGGUCUCAUCUGCUUCGAUCUCAGCUACAACACGGGCAUCGGUUGCGUCCCCGUUAUACAAAUAAGCGAAUUGUUCCCCGAGCAUCUCAAAGGCAUCGCCUCGAUCAUAGUCAUCACAUUCUGCUCCGUCCUCUCGUUCAUCAUCACCCUAAUAUUUCCGUACAUGGAGGCGGAAAUCGGUAUGGGGCCCAGCUUCUGGGUGUUCGCUUCGAGCGGCCUCAUCGGUGCCAUCUUCACAUACUUCGUUGUACCUGAAACCAAGGGCAAAACACUCUACGACAUACAAAUCAUGCUCAACAAGUGAACAAACAUUUAAAUGAUAAUCAAAUCAUAAUUUAUAUAAUCAUAUUAUAUUAAUAUAUAUAUAUA